AUGGAAUUAAUUGUCAGUAUAUUAUGGCUUGCCAUAACAGCGGAAAACUUGGCUAAUACAUUAGCGACAAAUUAUUGCAACCUUCAAUCAUGUAAGAGAAACAAUGCAAUUCAUACGAUGUGCCAAUAUACCUCACCAACACCGGGGCCAAUGUGCUUGGAAUAUAGCAAUGUAGGUUUUACUGAUGCUGAGAAAGAUGCUAUAGUAAACAAACACAAUGAACUGAGGCAGAGAGUCGCAUCGGGUAAGGAAAUGAGAGGAACGAACGGCCCGCAACCUCCGGCGGUUAAAAUGCCGAAUUUGACCUGGGAUCCUGAAUUAGCGACGAUUGCUCAAAGAUGGGCUAAUCAGUGCACGUUUGAACAUGAUGCUUGUAGAAACGUAGAAAGAUUCGCAGUAGGUCAGAAUAUAGCCGCAACAUCUAGCUCGGGUAAAAAUAAGUCAACUCCAAAUGAAAUGAUUUUAUUAUGGUACAAUGAAGUAAAAGACUUCGAUAAUCGUUGGAUUUCCUCAUUUCCAUCUGACGACAACAUUCUGAUGAAAGUAGGACAUUAUACUCAAAUUGUUUGGGCUAAAACAACGAAAAUCGGGUGCGGACGAAUAAUGUUCAAGGAACCAGAUAACUGGACUAAACAUUAUUUAGUUUGCAACUAUGGUCCAGCUGGAAAUGUGCUGGGUGCACCAAUAUACGAAAUAAAGAAAUAG